GUACGAUACUGUAUCCCUCCGCCGCAGCAGGAGCGCCGCUGCCGUAGGACUUCAGCCGGACUGACAGCUGCCCCCGGAGCCAGACGUCAGGCUCGCCUAGUACCAGGGACCCCUUCCCUCCUAGCACCCCCACACAAAACAUGAAGUUUCUGUACAAAGAAGAGCAUCCGUUUGAGAAGAGGCGGUCGGAAGGGGAGAAAAUAAGGAAGAAAUACCCGGACAGGGUGCCAGUGAUCGUGGAGAAAGCGCCGAAAGCCAGAAUAGGGGAUCUGGACAAGAAGAAGUACCUCGUCCCCUCUGAUCUCACAGUGGGUCAGUUCUACUUCCUGAUUCGGAAGCGGAUCCACUUGCGUGCAGAGGACGCGCUAUUCUUCUUCGUCAACAACGUGAUUCCCCCCACCUCAGCCACCAUGGGGCUGCUGUACCAGGAAUAUCACGAAGAGGACUUCUUCCUGUACAUCGCGUACAGCGAUGAAAGUGUUUAUGGAGGGACGCUGAGGGCAAUCUAAUUGGCCAUUAACACAAACACUCUUAUGCAGUUCUCCAUCUUGCUCUCUCCCUCCCUUCAGCACCGGCUCCUGCCUCAUUUCUGAAUCUCGAAUUUAAGCUUUUAUUGUCUCCGUUCUCUUUCGUAUUGAUUCCCUCCUGCUCUCCGAACGGUAAAAAUAGCAGGGAUCCGCUUGUCAGUUUCUCAGCGUCUGCGGAUACCAUCGAAUGGCCGAGAUCGGCGUUGACUUACCUUUCCUGUCUGAUUGUUUUGUGCGCAAUUAAACUGAGCUUAGAGAAGCCUCACUGGGAAUUCUGAGCAGCUCUUCAUUCUAGGUGAACGCAGCAUGUGAAAAUGAACUUAAUAUAUAGCCGUUUUGCGUAUAAAUUAAUUGCAGGAAAUUUCAGUCUGAACAUCUUUUCACGUGUCAGCUUUCAGUGAUGUGUAAUUAUUAGUUACAGCUUUUGAUUGUUUAAUUGCUGAGCUCAUUGGACUCAUGCAGCAUUUUUCCUUUGUUUGCGUUUAUUUUCUGUUGGAUUUAUUUGUAAUCUGAAUGCUGUAUACAGCAAUGUUACUUACAAGUAUAAAACCUGAUAAAUGACCAAA